GAGACGUUGGAGAGAGUCGCAGUGAAUCUGCCUGUUUAAUAGCAAUCCAACCGUUUUAACAGUUAAAGGCGCAUCGCCAUUGAACUCGGAUCCAAUUUGCUUUUUUAUGUGUGACCGACUGAUCUCAAGUCGUGUUUUGGAUUUUUUUUUAGUAGCAACAUGGGGAUACAGCAGCAGCCAUUCCGAAAACGGCUGAGGUGUGAAACGACGACAUGGCUUCUCUUCGUCUUUGUCUUCAUGAUUUCCACCAUCAGAGGCCAAAUCCGUUAUUCAGUACCAGAGGAGAUGAAAGAAGGUUCUCUUAUCGGUAAUGUAGCACAAGACCUCGGUUUAGAUCUGAGAAGGCUCCGUUCUGGCCGGGCCCGGAUCGUGAGCGGAGAAACCAGUCAGUACACAGAGCUAAAGGCAGACAAAGGGAUUCUAGUCGUGAAGGAGAGAAUUGACCGAGAAGAGCUUUGCGGAGACGUAAUGCCAUGCAGUUUAAGCUUUGAAAUUAUUUUAGAAAAUCCCAUUGAACUGCACAGAGUGACAGUAGAAAUAUUAGACAUAAACGACCAUGCACCGACGUUCAAAAGUAAAGUGAUUAACCUAGAAAUUAGUGAAUCUGCUACAGUGGGGUCUCAUUUUGAUUUAGAAAGCGCAUAUGACCCCGAUUCAGGAAUUCACAGCUUGCAAAAUUAUGUUUUGUCCCCUGAUGAUAAUUUUGUCUUAAAGCAGCUCUCUAACGCCGACGGAGUUAGAUUCGCUGUAAUGAUUUUACAGAAGCCUUUAGACAGAGAGUUGAACCCACACCUCUCCUUAAAGCUGAUUGCAGUAGACGGAGGAACUCCACGGCGAUCUGGUACAGUGAACAUAGAGAUCACUGUUCUUGAUGUCAACGAUAAUCCUCCUGUUUUUAAUCAAUCGCUAUAUAAAGCUACUGUAGCAGAAAAUGCGCCAAUAGGCACCUAUAUAACUACAGUGAAUGCUUCAGAUGCAGACAGUGGUUCAAAUGGCUUGGUUUCCUACACGUUUUCUAACGUAAAGGGGAAAUCCGCGGAAAAAUUUGAAAUUGAUAGUUCCUCCGGAAAAAUUACUGUUGUUGAUAACAUUGAUUUUGAAAAAGACAAGAAGUAUGAAAUAAGAGUGAUCGCCAAAGACCAGGGAGGACUGAGUGAUGCAACCAAAGUUGUCGUUGAGGUCCUGGACAUAAAUGAUAAUGCGCCACUUAUAAGUAUAAUGUCAUUUUCGAGCAUCAUUUCAGAGGAUGUUUCUCCGGGUACAACUAUAGCUGUUUUUAAUGUUAAAGAUGCAGACUCAGAAAGAAACGGUCAUAUAACGUGCUCAAUAGAUUCUAAUCUCCCAUUUAAAAUCCAGUCUUCUUUGACCGAUUAUUACAAUUUGCUCUCAGAUGUAGCUUUUGAUCGAGAAACAAAACCUGAAUAUAACAUAACAAUAACUGCAACCGAUUCAGGGUCGCCCACACUUUCUGCACAAACAAAUUUGCAUCUAAAAAUUUCUGAUGUGAAUGAUAAUUCGCCGCUCUUUACCAAACCUAAAUAUUCGGCCUAUGUCGUUGAAAAUAAUGUCCCGGGGGGGUCAAUAUUCACAGUCAGCGCACGAGAUCAUGAUUGGAAUCAAAACGCGAGAAUCUCAUAUUUUAUAGACGAUGACGAGGUCAGUGGAAGCUCAGUUUCUUCUUUUGUGUCAAUAAAUUCUGAAACUGGAGUGAUACACGCAGUACGCUCGUUUGAUUAUGAACAAAUUAAACAACUUAAAUUAAAAGUCAAAGCGCAGGAUGGAGGCUCUCCUCCACUCAGCAGCAAUGCGUCUGUAAUAAUAUUUAUCCAGGACCAGAACGACAACCAUCCUCAGGUUCUGUACCCAGUCCAGUCUGGUGGCUCUCUGGUGGCUGAAAUGGUUCCUCGUUCAGCAGAUGUGGGCUAUCUGGUGACGAAAGUGGUGGCUAUUGAUGUGGACUCUGGACAGAAUGCCUGGCUCUCCUAUAAACUGCAGAAAGCCACAGACAGGGCGCUGUUUGAAGUGGGCUUACAGAAUGGAGAAAUCAGAACUAUCCGCCAAGUCACUGAUAAAGAUGCUGUCAAACAAAGACUGACUGUUAUAGUGGAGGACAACGGGCAGCCCUCUCGUUCAGCUACAGUCGUUGUUAACGUGGCGGUGGCGGACAGCUUCCCUGAAGUGCUUUCGGAGUUCACUGAGUUGACACACGACAAGGAGUACAAUGACAACUUGACUUUUUACUUAGUCCUGGCUCUGGCUGUAGUUUCCUUCCUCUUCAUCACGUGUUUAGUGGUUAUUAUAUCAGUCAAAAUCUACAGGUGGAGACAGUCUCGUAUCCUGUAUCACUCCAACCUGCCUGUCAUUCCAUAUUAUCCACCACGUUACUCAGACACUUUGGGCACAGGGACUCUGCCACAUGUGUACAAUUACGAGGUGUGUAGGACGACUGACUCCAGAAAGAGUGACUGUAAGUUCGACAGAGCUGGUAGUCAGAACGUGCUGAUAAUGGACCCCAGUUCUACAGGAACGAUGCAGCGGAUACAGAGUGAAAAGAGCAUCCUGGAUGAACCAGACUCUCCUCUAGAGGUGAGGUCCUGAAAUAUUGACCAUAACCUGUGUCUCUGUCUUUUAAUGGAUUCAAUUGCGUCAUGGUAAUUCAUUAGAUAUUUUCAGAAACACAAGUCGUUGGCAGCUUCUUUAAUUAAAAGUUAAUCGUCCCAUUUGAA